AAUAUGUGUACACAACCAUGUGUUCAAUGACGCUUACUAAAUAGCAGUGUCCAAAACUGUCAAAGCUUGUUAUGAACGGAAGCUAAGAUGAUGGAGUCUGUAGGAAAAAGAAAGUGUCAGAGUCAGAAAAAGAGUCGGCCAGAAGAGGUACAGAGAAAGACUGAAAAUGCAGGGAAAGGCAGAUAAUGAGUGGAAACCUGAAGACCCCGUAACACUUGUGAGGAACAGCACAAAAAGUGGAGGGAACAUAAAAGAAUACGAACUACAAGUGGCACUGAGUGGAAAGCCCCAGACCAAAGAGGGCCCAGCCAUUAUAAGUCAACCUGAGGAACCACAAGUGGCACUGAGUGAAGAGCCCCAGACCAUGGAGGGCCCAGCCAUUAUAAGUCAACCUGAGGAACCACAAGUCGCACUUAGUGGAGAGCCUCAGACCAUAGAGGGCGCAGCCAUUAUAAGAGCCCCAGACCAAAGAGGGCCCAGCCAUUAUAAGUCAACCUGAGGAACCACAAGUGGCACUGAGUGGAGACCCCCAGACCAUUGAGGGCCCAGCCAUUAUAAGUCAACCUGAGGAACCACAAGUCGCACUGAGUGGAGAGCCCCAGACCAUAGAGGGCCCAGUCAUUAUAAGUCAACCUGAGGAACCACAAGUGGCACUGAGUGGAGAGCCCCAGAUCCUAGAGGGCCCAGCCAUUUGAAGAGCCCCAGACCAGAGGUCCCAGUCAUUAUAAGUCAACCUGAGGAACCACAAGUCGCACUGAGUGGAGAGCCCCAGACCAUAGAGGGCCCAGUCAUUAUAAGUCAACCUGAGGAACCACAAGUCAC